UAAACAAACAAAAAAAUUAUGGAUAGUGAUAGUGUACAGAUUGAACAAGAAGUUUAUGGCGACGAGCGUGAGCCGGAAGAAGAGGAUAAUCAGUAUUCAUCUUCCGAAGCAGAAGAAUCUACCGAUUCUGAAGCUGCUAAGGAAAUUGCUGAAGGAUUCAUUGUCGAUGAGAACGAAGAGGAGGAGGUGGUGGAAGAAGUAAAAGAGAAACGUAAAAAGAAAAAGAAAAAAAACAAGAAGAGACGGCAUGAAUCUUCAGACGAUCUAAGUGAGGAUGAACUUGAUCUUAUCGAAGAAAACACAGGUGUAAAAAUUGCUCGUAGUGAGCAAAAAUUCAAACGUUUAAAGAGAGGAGUAAGAAAACCAUCGAAAGAUGUAAAAAAUAUUUUUGAUGAAGAUGAAGAGGAGGAAGUUUUAGAGGAAAAUGAGGAAGACUUUGUCGUUUAUGAUGAUGGAGAAGAUUUUAUUGAAGGUGAAAGGCACGCACCAACAUUAUUCGAUGAAGUAUUUCAUGAUCUUGAGGACAAAUAUUCGUUUGCCUUCGAAAAGAUUGAAGAACCACCGGAUUUUAAUAUUGAAUCAUUGGAAAAAGUAUUUAGCCCAGAAGCUUAUUUAACUCGAAAAGAUAAAGAAAUAAAAUUGACUGACUUACCUGAACGCUUUCAACUUCGACCUGAUAUCGUAGUGAAUCGUAAACUUACAAAAGAGGAAAUCAAUCAAGCAACAGACACAAUAACUAAAUCUCUUGCAGAUUAUCAUGGAAUUCUAGUAUCGUCACAAUUGUCUAGGUCUGUUAAAAAUGCCUUGACACUUUUCGGCCAAGAAUUUGUUGAAGUUCCAUACAUAUGGACCUAUAAAAGAGAUUUGAUCGCUAAUUAUGAUGAAGAUCCUGUGACAACAAUCCUUUCUCGGACUGAUUUGUGGCACAUUUUUGAUCUCGAAUAUGAUUUCAGAAAAUUUGUGGAAAUGAGAGAUAAACUGAAUUCCGAAAUUUAUAAAAACCAUUCUCAGGAUUCCUACGUCAGUAAGGUGUUUUCGGAAGCGAAGGAAAUUGACGAACUUUAUGAUCUGAGUGUAUACAUUAAAUUUCAAGAAAAGAAAAAAACCAUAAGUGUUCAACAAGUUUCACCAACAGAAGAAUUACGUCGCAAGGGCAUGGUAUCUAAGAAUCUUAAAUAUUUAGAAUAUAUUCACAAAGGUCUUCUCAAGAUAGUUGACAAAUUUGGAGUUCAAAUUCCUUCAUUUGUACGAAGUCUUAAUUCAGAAACUAAGCUUCAUCAACCCGUUAACGAGAGCUCGACUCCUCGGGAAGUAGCACUGCAAUUAUAUCCUGAAUCUAAAGCCCCUGAUGAAUUAUUAAAACAAUCCAUGGAAUUACUUGCAUAUGAAAUGUCAGUUGAUCCUAUGUUCCGGAAAUUUGUUCGUAAUAAUUAUAUGCAAAAUGGACUUUUAAUUACUUCAGGUCCAUUGGAGGCUAUUUCUGAUAACAAUGAAAUCUGGUCUUACUGCUUCUGGAAGAUACCUAUCCAAAAGGUAUUCAAUAUUGGUGGAGAUUUUGCUCGAAUUUUACAUUAUAAAAAUCAAAAUUUGAUAAAUAUAUCGUUUCAAUUACGUAACGAAGAAAAGUUUUUAGAAACAUUAAAAAAUAAUAUUGUAAGUGAUAUUCCAAGACGAUUCGAUUUAGAAACUGCUCCAGCCUCGAGUAACCAUGUUGAAUGGAAUAAAUAUCGUGUAGAUGCUGCUUUUAAAGCAUAUAAUGAUAUUUUACGACCAAUUAUUGAAUCAUGGUUAAUAGCAAAAUUCAAAGCCAACGCCGAACAAUCGAUAAUGGAGCAGUGCAUGCUCAAUUUAGAAAGGAAGAUUGAUGUUAAGCCAUUUAGGACACCAGAAAUGCGUAGAAAUGCAAUUCCUCGCGUUUUUGCAUUAUCAUUUGGAGCUGGUGGAAUAGAGAAUGAUACUUGUUGUGUCUAUAUCAACGAAAAUGGUAAAAAGGCCCAAGAAUGGUCUUGGCCCAUGCUCAAGGACUUAAAUUCGAGAGAAGGAAAUGAAUUUCUGGAUGCUCUAGAAGAAAUUAACCCUCACGUUGUUGCCGUACGAUGUUAUGAUUUUAAAACAAAGUUUCUACUUCAAACUGUUAAAAACUUUGUACGUUAUCAUAACGAGAGACUAAAGAAUCAAUCUGACAAAGCCACUGUAAUCGUUACUGAUGAUAAAGUAGCAAUGGAAUAUACAGCUUCGGAAAUAGCCAAAAAGGAGUUUCCUAAGUCGUCGGAAUUAUCUAGAUAUUGUACAUCCUUAGCUAGGAUGAUUCAAAAUCCAUUAAUGGAAUAUCUUAGGCUUGGAGACAAAAUAUUGGCUAUUAAAUUUCAUCCUUUACAAUCCUUUUUGCCUGAAGAAAAAUUUAAAGAGGCUUUAGAUCGGGCGUUCGUUAACGUAGUUAAUGAAGUAGGAGUUGAUAUCAAUGACAUUUUACGUGACGAGUUUAAUGAGCCAAGACAAAGAGCUUUACAUUACAUUUGUGGGUUUGGUCCUAGAAAAUCUAUAUAUUUAAAGCAAGUAAUAUUUGGGGAAAAUUACAAGCCAUAUUAUGAACCAUUUAUUGAUAGUCGAGCUACAUUGAAAGAGACAUAUCUUGAACCAAAAAUCUUCCAAAAUUGUGCUGGAUUUUUAAGAAUACGCUCUGACCCUUUGGAGCCAUUAGAUGAUAGUCGUAUCCAUCCAGAUCUCUAUGAUCUGGCACGUAAAUACUCCAGAAAUACUCCUGAUAUGGAUGAUGCACGUUCAAAUCAAAAAUAUUUUGUAAUGCAAUUGAUUAAGAGAGAAAACAGGAACCCUUUCGGUGACAGACGAAGAGAUUUCGAAAUACCAACCGAUGAUCAAGUUUUCGAAAUGGUUACUAAAGAAACGAAAGAUAGUUUGUAUCCGGGUCUAAUUGUUUCAGUAGUUGUUAAGAGCAUUACUACUGGUGCUUUAAGAGUUCGUCUUAAGAAUUCAGGUUUCGAAUGUAAUAUUGGAUGGAAUUAUAUAGAUAAGAAAGUAAAUAAUAAUAUUGAAGAAGGUGAUACACUCGACGCUUUAGUAAAGUCAAUAAAUAAAGAUGAUUUUACUAUAGUAUUAAGUUGUAAACCGAGAGAUUUAGAAAAAGGACAUCAUAUUUCUUUUUACGACAAAAGAUUUGAUGAGUUCAUUGAUAGAGAGACUAAACAGAAUUACCAACCUCCAAUAAAAGUUAAAAAAGUAAGUCAAUAUGUCCCAAAACCUAAGCCGAAACCACCACGAACCAUUACUCAUCCUUGUUUUGAAAGAGUUUCUGCUCAAGAAGCAGAAGAAAAAUUAUCUACGCAGCCAAAUGGAUUCUAUAUCAUUCGACCGAAGACAGAUAAUCCAGAUAAGCUUUCAAUAACUUGGAAGAUUUGUGAUAAUGUUUAUCGUCAUUUCGAUAUAAUUGAGUUAGGACUGGAUCCCGGUCUAGAAGUUGGUCGCAGGUUAUUUGUAGAAAAUGAACAAACGGAAUAUGAAGCUUUGGAAGAAUUAUUAGUCACAUAUAUUGAGGAAACAAACGAUUUUAUUGAUAAGAUGAUUAAUCAUCAAAGGUUCAGACCAACUGAAAGACAAUUAGAUGAAUUUUUGGAAUCUUGUCUUCGAAAUAAUCCGAAAUAUACUGCAUAUGGAUUUUAUAUGGACAAUUCUAACCCUGGUUGUUUCAUCUACGGGUAUAAAUUUAGACCUGGAACUCGAAUGUCGAAAAUGCGAGGAAUGUUUAGACCUUAUGGUCUUCGUGUUGAAGAUCUCCGCUUUUCGAAUCUCGAUGAACUCAUAAAUGGAAUGAAACAAAAAAUUUAUGAACGAUAUUCUCGUAAACGCUAAUAAGUUUUGUUAUACAUUUUAUUUAUUAUAACGUUUCAACUUUAUUAACUUCCGUUUUGCUUGUAAAAUUUAAAAUAACGUUGUGACAGUUAUAUGACUUAUAUGUAUCUAGUAUUAAUAAUUUUUUUCUUUGUUAAUUGCUUAAAGAAUUAAUAAAUUUAAUAAAUUUAUUUCAAAAUUAUUUAAAUUACAACUAGUUUUGGGUCACGUUAGUAUUGGGUCACGGUAUUGCGUACAU